AAAGCUUCCAGUAGGGGACAGUGUUGUAGCCCACCUUUGACUUUCAAGGAGAUUAGAUUCUUCCGGGGAGAGAGAGCACAUUUCAGGCCUGAAAGACUACCUGUGCAAAGGUGUGGGAGGUGGGAAAUGAAUGCCAUUGUAUAUAGGCCCAUUUGUUUGGAACACGGCAUAUGAAUAGGAAUGAAAUGAAGUAACUGUGGAAAGGCACGUGGAGCCAGAUCGAGAAGGUCCCUAAAUGCCAAGCUGAAGAAUUGGUAUUCUAACCUGAAGGCACUGGGGAAGCCCCUGAGCCUUCCUGAGUAGGAGAGUGACUUGGUCGGACCCCAUUUUAGCAAGCUCAUUUCCGUAGCUUUGUGGGUGGAUGGGAGAGGAAAGCCCAUUAUUUCGGUUUUUUAAACAGUCAGAACUGGAAGGGGUCUUAGGUAAUUAAGCCUCAUUCUUUCAUUUCCAAACGAGGGAGCUGUGGGUGUGAGGAGGGAUACGACCUGAUCUAACCAAGGUCACACAACAUGGUUGGUGGCAGGGCCAGAGCUGGGCUGCGGGUUUUGUGGCUCCCAGGUCUCCCCGACCCGUUUCACGAUGCCGACCUCUCGGAACCCCUGGUACUUCUGGGGUGGAGGGCACAGGUGUGUGUAUAUGUGAGCGCGCGCGUGUGUAAAGGGUGGGGCGGGAUCCCGCUUUCCAGAAAGGCUGGUCUAGAAGGUGUUAACGUGGGCGUGGGAAGGCUCGGGGAGGUGGGUUGAGCCUGCAGAAUUGUGGCAAGGCCUGGGGGGUGGGGGUGGGCGCGGGCGUGGGCGUCUGCGCUGUGGUCAGACCCGUAAGCGCACAGCCUACUCCGGGCUCCAGGACUUUGGAGAGGUGGUGGUGGGGGUCUUCCCUCCUCUGCGCCCAGAUUCCCGAUGCUCCGCCCCUCCUAGUGCGCUGGAGAGAGGGAGGGAACGUGGGGGCGCGCGGGAAGGGCGCGCGCGAGCGCGGGAUUCUGGUCACGUGCUGCUCCCUCACUCCCUCUGGAGGCCCCCCCAACCUCCUCCCCCUUCCCGUCCCCUCCCCUUGGGUGCGGGGGUGGGUGGGACUGAAACUCAAAGGUUUCAUUCAUAAAUUCUCCGCCUUUUAAAUCGCUACCCAGGCGCCGGGCAGCAGAGCUGAGGUAGCUGAGCCCAGCCGAGCCCAGCCGAGCCGAGCCCAGCGGAGCCAAGCAGGGAGCGAGCGCCGCGGCUGCGCCCAGUCCAUGGCCGGCGCGCCCCGCCACCGAGGAGGAGUGCUCUCCAGCCGGGCUAGACCAUGAGCGAUGACUUAACUCCAUGGGACAACAUCACUGCCAGUCCCACGACAGUGUCCGGCUCGGUCCGCCCCCAGGAUGGCUCUGGGCUGCUCCUUGUCCUGCUUUCCGUCUUCAUUGGGGGGACACUGGUGGUGUUGUCCGGAGCCCUGAUCCUCUGCCGGCGCUGCUGGGAUGCCCACCGCAGGUACUCCAGAGCCAGCGAUGACCCAGAGAAAACCACCACCACCUACCUGGAUGAUUCCCAGCCUGCUCAAGACAUCACCAUCAGGGUGGACGACCCAGAAUGCCCUUCAUCUUCCAGUUACCGAGAUGUGGACACAGAGCGCUUCCUGGCCACCAGUUCCACGGGCCGCAGGGUCUCCUUUAACGAGGCAGCCCUGUUUGAGCAGAGCAGGAAGGCCCAAGAAAAAGGGCGGAGGUAUACCUUGACAGAGGGUGACUUUCACCACCUCAAGAACGCCCGUCUCACCCACCUCCACCUGCCCCCACUGAAGAUCGUCACCAUCCACGAGUGCGAUUCCAGUGAGAAUAGUGUCGCCAUGACUCCCCGCCUGGUCUCUGGCUCCAAGACGAGCCUCUCCAUCUUCCAGCCCCGGGUCAGCGCCCCGGCCCCGAGGGCCCUCACCGGCCACUCCAUGUGCCCCAGCUCCGCCCUGCCAGGGGACCCCUACAACUCCACCGUGGACACAGCCAGCUUCGUGGAGGCCAGCCCAUCCGCGUCCACCGACUCUGGGGAGGGCACCUCGCUUGACGCCGCCGCCAGGAGCUCCAUGGCAGGUGCUGCGGGAGGCAGAGCCGGGGAGGCCGGGCCGAGUUCGGGCUCAGGGACUGUCCUGCAGUUCUUCACUCGACUCCGGCGACAUGCCAGCCUCGAGGGAGCCAGCCCCUACUUCAAGAUGAAGAAGUGGAAACUGGAGGCCAGUCACCGAGCUUCCAGCUUGGACACCAGGGCUCAGGGACCGGGUGUGAGCCACACCGAGGAGCACGUGGACACCGUUAGGAGAGCCCCAACCCUAGGCUCUCCCAAGCGCCACCAGUUUCAGCGGCAGAGGGCAGCCAGUGAAAGCAUGGAGCAGGAGGACCGAGACCCCCACCAGACUGACAUCAUCCAGUACAUCGCCCACACGGAUGACGUGGCCUUCCAGCCUCUGGCUGGCCCCGCCAGCCCUCCACCCACUCUCGGCAGGCUAGAGCCUCCGGAGGUGUCGGGGGCAGCAGCAGCAGCAACAGUGGCGGGCGCCACCGGCGGAGUUCCCGAGUCCCCCCAGGAAAGAAGCAGCAGCAGCAGCAGCAGCAACGGGGUUGAGCAGCAGCAACAGCAGCAGCAGCAGCAGCAGACCAUGUAUCGGGACAUCUGGAGCCUGCGGGCCUCUCUGGAGCUGUACGCUGCGGCGUCCGACCAGAGCAGCGGCAACGACCAGGACUCGGUCCGCAGCGGGGACAGCGCGGGUUCGGCCGGGGCCGGGGGCCCCCUCGCGCCGUCUCACGAGCUGGGUGAGACGGAGGCGGAGCGGGAGGCGGAGGCGGAGGCGCAGGCGGAUCGGGCCGGGCCCGGUCCCGGAGAAGGGGGCGAAGCGGGGCCCCGCAAACUGCUGCAGAUGGACAGCGGCUACGCGUCCAUCGAGGGCCCCGGACGCGCCGGCGACGAGGCCGCCCCAGCCACGGCGUCCGAGAAGCGCUUCUGUUUCACGAGCGCCGGGCGCACGGGCACCGUGUUCGACAGCUUCGAAGCUGCGCUGGCGGCCGCCGAAGCUGAGGCCGAGGCCGGGCGUGAGCCCGAGCCGGAGGCCGAGGCGGAGGCCGAGGCGGAGCUGCGCGGCUCGCAGGGGGCGCUGCUGCUGAGGGCCUGGCCCCCACACGGGCAGCUGCUCCUCCCGGCCCCCGCCGCCGCCGCCUCCACCGUUCCCGUCGCCGCCGCCGCCUCCCUCGCAGCCUCCGGCGGCGCUGCCGUCGGCCCCGGCCUCGGCCUGGCCCCCGCCCCGCUGCCCCGGCGCGACUACAGCAUCGACGAGAAGACCGACGCGCUCUUCCACGAGUUCGUGCGCCAUGAUCCUCAGUUCGACGAAGGUCCUCGGCCGCGCCACCGCUCCCGGACCCACGCGCGCAAGCAGUGGCAGAGGACGCGGCAGCACAGCGACCCCGGCGCCCGAGCCGCGCCCCUGCACGCCCCGCCGCCGCUGCAGCCGGCGCCGGGGCCCCCGUCCCCGCUGCAGCCGCUGCCGCAGCCCGCGCCCCACGUGGCCGCCGCGCCCGAGCGCCCGCGCGCCCCCUUGCGGCGCGGAGAUAGCGGCCCCCCCGACGCCCGCACCUUCCACAGCCAGCUGCCCCGCAUCGUGAGCUCGGGCGACGAGGAGGCGGCCGACGAGGCGGCCCCGGGCCCCGGCCUGGCGCCGGCCCGCGCGCGCUCGCGCUCCCCGCCCGUGCCCCGGCCCGCGCCGAUCCAGGCCAUCGCCGAGGAGGAGCCCGACGUCCCGGGAGGUCCCGAGCUGCUGCUGGCGGACAAGGUGUCCGUGGGGCUCGAGGACCGCCUCUUUCCGGGCUGGCGGCGGAGGCCCGGGGACGGCGCCGAGCCCCCUGCUCACGGCCCUGCCCCGGUGGUGGCGGCGGCCGCUCCCACGUCCCCAGACCCCAGCCCGGUGUAG